AUGCCGUAUUCUCCUGCUAUUCUAGCAGACAUUGAUCCAUCUUGCUCUGCCGGCUCCGCCAUAUGGAUGUCCCAGACUUGGCUGCUUUAUUUUGGUAUCCGAGAGCCACACAUCCCAGGUAGGGUGUUGCGCCAGUUCGGCUUCUUGCAGCGCGUGCCUGACAACACUUUCAUCAUGGAGAAAAAAGAAAUAGAAAAGUUGCAUAAGGAGACGCGUGGUAAGAAAUGUCGAGAUGACGUCUUACAGAGGUGGGAGAAUCGACACAACACCCUUGCAGGUCUUCAUCAGACGGAUAUGACUCUUGAACCCCAGGCAGCACCGGAAUAUCUAGUGUGGUAUCAAAAUCACACUGUCACUUUGGUCACCAAUCCAUCAGACUAUCGUCAGCCCCAGGGUUUUCAAGGAUCUGCUGAGUCACUACAUAUAAUGGCAAUGACUGUCAGCAAGACAUCUGUUUGGGCUGAUAGUGAGAACCCAAGGCAAGAUUUUGUUCCAGCUGACCCAACCCAGGAGUAUAUCCCACCUAGGCCUCCCAGGACUGACCGAGGCGGCUUCCAGUUAGGGAGUGGGAGAAUGAGAAAACCUGUGGCCACGCAGAAUACCGGCGUGCAAUCUUCUACCCCCCAUGUGUCUCCUUACCGUCCAUCAUCGCCACACCACCAUCCCUCUCCUCCUUUUGAGCAAAUGCAUUUUGAUUCAGAUUUUAUUAAUCUAGAUCCUAAUGCUGGGGGUUUCUUUCAGACUAGUUACGAGGGUGGUCAUCAUAGUCAGCAUCUAGGUGGUGACGAUAUCCAUCAUGAUCAGGAAGAUGAUCAAAAUCAUGAGGAUAUUGGGGAUCAGGAGCAUGAUGAUGAUGCUGAUGAUGCUGAGCAUUCCUCUCAUGAUCAUUAUGAGGGCGCUGAUCAGGGACAGGGCCCCAGUGAUGAUACCAUGCCUUUUACACCGAUUGCUUUGGGUAAGGGACAGCGGAACAUAAAAAAGGAGAAAAAGUGCUGCAUGACAGAUUCUCAGGAGAAAAAGCGCAAGAUGUAG